AGUGACUCAACUAAACUAAGCAACCAUGUGUUUACUCAUUUGCGUACUUAUAUGAUAGACGAAAGUAAAACAUUUAUUUGGAAAAGAUGCAAGACUGGAUCUACAGGAUGAUAAUAAGUUUACUAUUCUCACGUAGUUCUAGUUUUGAAAAUGUGUGUCCUAGCGCUUCCCAGUGGAAAUUAAGAGCGGCGAUCUGUAAAAACUCGUCUAAGUAUAUGUGUUUCCAUGAUAUCAAUAAACACACACAUCUAGAAUUUUGCAACCAAACAGAUGAAAUUCAACAAGAAGGUUUAAAGACUGUUGUUAGAGGAAGUUUUGAUGGUAUACCAUGUGAUGAUAAUCAUUACCAGCCGUUCGAAUACAGUUCUUCAAAUGGAGCCACUUGUGUUUUUCUUAAAUCUUUUUGCAAUGAAGAAGGUCAGAUUGAAAGCACUGACAAAGGGACGACAUCAGAUAGAACUUGUCGUUGUGAUUACAGAUUUGGCUAUAAUUUCGUAUUGCAGCCAAAUAAACCAUGUGUAUGUGUGCCUUCUAAAGAAGAUUGCUCUUGUUAUUAUAAAGAUUGUGGAAAAGAUCAAGUGCUUACACCAGACUACCUUUGUAUGCAUCCAGCUAAUAUUACAGCACACUUUAACAUGUUUACGUGUCCUUUGAUAGAUGAGUCGAUGUCAAGUAAAACCGAGGAUACAAAAGUUAAGAAGGAAUCUGGAGAAAGUACAAAAGAUAUGUGUAUACGACAAAAAGAACAGAAUGCAUUGAUAGUAGUAUUGAUUAUGGUAGUUGGGAUCCAAUUUGAUUAAAAAAUAACGGGAGUCAGAAAAAUGAGGAAAUGCUGAAACGUGUCUAUUUGUGUGCAGUUUCAUAAUCGUGUGUUGUGAAAUAACCAAUCGUAAAAGUAGUGUGUAAGUUGGAUAUUGGAGC